AAGGAGAGAGAGAGAGAGAGGGAGAGGGAGGGGGUUUCCAGUUUUUACUUGUAAUCAGUUUCGUCCGUGUCCGAAACGGACUACUUUAGGGUUAGGGUUUGGAUCUGAAGUAGAGACGUUUUACAGAGGCAGAGGGGGAGAGAGAGAGAGAUGGCCGACAACGAGGACUCGAAAAUGGACAAGAUAACCGAGAAGCUUCGCAGCGACAAUUCCUCGUCGUCCUCCUCGUCGGAUUCCGAAGACGAGAAGAUGUCUCCGUCGGAGACCUUGAAAUCCAAGGUUUACCGAAUCUUCGGCCGAGAAAAGCCUGUCCACAAGGUCCUUGGUGGUGGCAAACCUGCUGAUGUUUUUCUGUGGAGGAACAAGAAGGUAUCUGCUGGAGUCCUGGGUGGGGUCACUGCAAUAUGGGUGCUGUUUGAUUUGCUUGAAUACCAUUUGCUUACUCUGAUUUGCCAUGGAUUAAUACUGGCCCUGGCUGUACUGUUCUUAUGGUCUAAUGCUAGCACCUUCAUCAACAAGUCUCCUCCCCGCAUUCCUGAAGUUGACAUUCCUGAAGAGCCAGUUCGGGAAUUUGCCUCUGCCCUCAGGGUUGAAAUAAAUCAGGCUCUUGUAUUUCUGAGAAAAAUUGCUUCAGGAAGAGAUAUUAAAACAUUCCUCGGUGUGAUUGCUGGCUUGUGGAUUUUGUCAAUCAUUGGAAGCUGCUGCAACUUCUUGACUUUAGUUUACAUAGUGUUUGUUCUACAAUUUACCGUGCCUAUGCUGUAUGAGAAAUACGAGGAUCAAGUGGAUUCUUUUGCUGAGAAAGCCAUGCAUGAGAUCAAGAAGCAGUAUGCAGUCUUUGAUGCCAAGGUUUUGAGUAAGAUCCCAAGAGGACCAUUGAAAGACAAGAAGAGGGCUUGAGGCGGAGUGGAGGUGCCACUGUUGUGGGCUCUGAUCAGAAUUUGGUUACUGUAAUUUGUGGUGUAGUUUAUAUCCAUUUGUUGGCUAGAACCCUACUUUUAAAUCUCUCUUUUAGGGUUUUGGGUUCACAAUGUGGAUUGAAUAUGAUGGAUAAUUAUUCUAUACUUGCAUUUGCUAGGAUUGUGGGCAUCAUGUCUUUGGGUUUCCCGCUUUGAGUGAUGUGUUGAUGUUAUAUUAAUAUUGAAUUGAAUGUGGAUUUAGUGCCUUGCACGUCCUGGUGGACACAA